AUGAUUGCAAUAAGCAAAUCUCGAAAUAUCUCGUUGGAACGAGAAAUCAAUUCUUCUUCUCCUCCAUCUUCACCUUCUUCUUCUUCUUCUUCUUCUUCUUCUUCUUCUUCUUCUUCUAUAGAUAUUACUUCUGCUUUUUCUUCCCUUUUUCCUACCAUUCUUUCUUCCCUUUCUUUGGGAUAUAACUUCUGCUUUCAUCAUUCCUUCAGUUUCUUGGGAGAUAUAAAUUAUGCUUUUUUUUCCCUUUUCAUUCCUUACUUUUAUCCCUGUCUUGGGGUACAUAACUUCUGCUUUUUCUCCCCUUUUUCCUUCCAUACUUUCAUCUCUUUAUUGGGGGAUAUAAAUUCUGCUAUUUGCUUUCUCUCUCUCUCUCUCUCUCUCUCUCUCUCUCUCUCUCUCUCUUAUUCCAUUAAUUACUGUGACAUUUUUUUCUCUUUUAAACCAAAAGCUUCUUUCUCUCUUUCUGCAAUAUUAAAAUUUUCAUCUCCUUUUCUAUUUUCUCUCUCUUUUCUCUCUCUCUCUCUCUCUCUCUAUCCUUAA